GCAAGCUUGGGACGCGGUGUUGAGGACUCAGGCUGCCGCUCAGGCUCGCUGUCCGGAGCCGAUCGGGACACCCGCCGCCGCGCCGAGGGCCAUGGACCUGCCCAGGGGCCUCCUGGUGGCCUGGGUACUCAGCCUCUGGCCAGGUCCUAGCUGAGGCCAGGAGAACGGAACAGACGCUGUGGCAGCUGGACAGGUGCCCUCGCGAAGGCGGGUGCAAGUGGAGACCCCACCCCAGGAUUCACGGACACCUUCAACAUGGAUACUCGGAAACCCCGGGUCAUUGCAGGCCCAAGCGCAGCCUUCUUUGGCUACACAGUUCAACAGCAUGACAUCAGUGGCAAGAAAUGGUUGGUUGUAGGUGCCCCGCUGGAAACCAAUGGCCAUCAGAUGACGGGUGACGUGUACAAGUGCCCAGUGACCCAGGGCAACUGCACCAAGCUUAACCUGGGCAGGGUCACUCUGUCCAAUGUGUCUGAGAGGAAGGACAACAUGCGCCUCGGCCUGAGCCUUGCCACCAACCCCAAGGACAACAGUUUCCUGGCCUGCAGCCCUCUCUGGUCUCAUGAGUGUGGGAGCUCGUACUACACCACCGGGAUGUGCUCGAGAGUCAACUCCAACUUCAGAUUCUCCAAGACUGUGGCCCCAGCACUUCAAAGGUGCCAGACCUACAUGGACAUCAUCAUUGUUCUGGAUGGUUCCAACAGCAUCUACCCCUGGGUGGAGGUCCAGCACUUCCUCAUCAACAUCCUGAAGAAGUUUUACAUCGGGCCAGGCCAGAUCCAGGUCGGAGUCGUUCAGUAUGGAGAAGAUGCAGUCCACGAGUUUCACCUCAAUGACUACAGGUCUGUCAAGGAUGUGGUGGAAGCUGCCAGCCACAUUGAGCAAAGAGGGGGAACAGAGACCCGGACAGCAUUUGGCAUUGAAUUUGCCCGCUCCGAGGCUUUCCAGAAGGGUGGAAGGAAAGGAGCCAAGAAGGUGAUGAUUGUCAUCACGGACGGUGAGUCCCACGACAGCCCUGACCUAGAGAAGGUCAUCCAGCAGAGUGAGAAGGACAACGUGACCAGAUAUGCCGUGGCUGUCCUGGGCUAUUACAACCGCAGGGGGAUCAAUCCUGAAACUUUUCUAAAUGAAAUCAAAUACAUUGCCAGCGACCCUGAUGACAAACACUUCUUCAAUGUCACGGAUGAGGCGGCCCUGAAAGACAUUGUUGAUGCCCUUGGGGACAGGAUCUUCAGCCUGGAAGGCACCAACAAGAACGAAACCUCCUUUGGGCUGGAGAUGUCACAGACAGGCUUUUCCUCACAUGUGGUGGAGGAUGGGAUUCUACUAGGAGCUGUUGGUGCCUAUGACUGGAACGGGGCUGUGCUGAAGGAGACCAGUGGUGGGAAGGUGAUUCCUCUGCGAGAGUCCUACCUGAAGGAGUUUCCAGAGGAGCUGAAGAACCACGGCGCAUACCUGGGGUACACCGUGACAUCAGUCGUGUCCUCCAGGCAGGGGCGGGUGUACGUGGCUGGAGCCCCCCGGUUCAACCACACAGGCAAGGUCAUUUUGUUCACCAUGCACAACAACCGAAGUCUCACCAUUCACCAGGCUCUGCGUGGAGAGCAGAUAGGCUCCUACUUCGGGAGUGAGAUCACCUCGGUGGACAUCAAUGACGACGGAGUGACCGAUGCCCUGCUGGUGGGCGCCCCCAUGUACUUCAGCGAGGGCCGAGAGCGGGGCAAGGUGUACAUCUACAACCUGAGACAGAACCGGUUUGUUUAUAAUGGCACGCUGAAGGAUUCCCACAGUUAUCAGAACGCCCGGUUUGGAUCAUGCAUCGCCUCGGUUCGAGAUCUCAACCAAGAUUCCUACAAUGACGUGGUGGUAGGGGCCCCUCUGGAGGACAGCCACAGAGGGGCCAUCUACAUCUUCCAUGGCCUCCGCAGCACCAUCCUGAAGAAGCCCACUCAGAGAAUUGCUGCAUCAGAGCUGGCUCCAGGCCUCCAGCAUUUUGGCUGCAGCAUCCACGGGCAACUGGACCUCAAUGAGGAUGGGCUUGUGGACCUGGCAGUGGGUGCCCUGGGAAACGCAGUGAUUUUGUGGGCCCGGCCUGUGGUCCAGAUCAAUGCCAGCCUCCACUUUGAGCCAUCUAAAAUCAACAUCUUCCACAAGGACUGCAAGCGCAGUGGCAGGGACGCCACCUGCCUGGCCGCCUUCCUCUGCUUCGUGCCCAUCUUCCUGGCGCCCCACUUCCAAACAGCAACUGUCGGCAUCAGGUACAAUGCCACCAUGGAUGAGAGGCGGUACAUGCCUCGGGCCCACUUGGAUGAGGGUGGGGACCAGUUCACUAACAAGGCUGUCAUGCUGUCCUCCGGCCAGGAACACUGUCAGCGGAUCAACUUCCACGUCCUGGACACUGCCGACUAUGUGAAGCCAGUGGCCUUCUCAGUCGAGUACUCCCUGGAGGACCCUGACCAUGGCCCCAUGCUGGACAAUGGCUGGCCCACUACACUCAGAGUGUCGGUGCCUUUCUGGAAUGGCUGUAAUGAGGAUGAGCAUUGUGUCCCUGACCUUGUGCUGGACGCCCGGAGUGACCUGCCCACCGCCAUGGAGUAUUGCCAGCGUGUGCUGAGGAAGUCAGCCCAGGACUGCUCCACCUACACACUGUCCUUCGACACUACGGUGUUCAUCAUAGAGAGUACUCGCCGCCGAGUGGCGGUGGAGGCCACGCUGGAGAACAGAGGCGAGAACGCCUACAGCACCGUCCUCAACAUCUCACAGUCGGAAAACCUGCAGUUUGCCAGCUUGAUCCAGAAGGAUGACUCGGACAACAGCAUUGAGUGUGUGAAUGAAGAGAGGCGGCUGCAUAAGAAAGUCUGCAACGUCAGUUACCCCUUCUUCAGAGCCAAGGCCAAGGUGGCUUUCCGUCUGGACUUCGAGUUCAGCAAGUCCGUCUUCCUGCACCGCCUGCAGAUCCAGUUGGGCACCGGCAGUGACAGUGAUGAACAAGACAGCACCAUGGACGACAACACAGCUCUCCUGCACUUCCACCUCAAAUAUGAAGCAGAUGUCCUCUUCACCAGGAGCAGCAGCCUAAGCCACUAUGAGGUCAAGGCCAACAGCUCCUUAGAGAGAUAUGAUGGCACUGGGCCUCCCUUCAACUGUGUUUUCAAGGUGCAGAAUCUGGGCUUUUUUCCUAUCCAUGGAGUGAUGAUGAAGAUCACCGUGCCCAUUGCCACCCGGGGUGGCAACCGUCUGCUGAUGUUGAGGGAAUUCUUCACUGACCAGGUCAACACGUCCUGUAACAUCUGGGGGAACAGCACUGAGUACCGGGUCACCCCAACAGAGGAAGACUUGAGUCGUGCCCAACAGCUGAAUCACAGCAACUCUGAUGUGGUCUCCAUCAGCUGUAACCUCAAGCUGGUCCCCAACCAGGAAAUCAGCUUUUACCUGACAGGGAACCUUUGGCUGAGGUCCCUAAAAGCACUCAAGUUCAGAUCCAUGAAGAUCACAGUCAUCGCAGCCUUGCAGCGGCAAUUCCACAGCCCCUUCAUCUUCCGAGAAGAGGACCCCAGUCGCCAGGUCAUGUUUGAGAUCUCCAAGCAGGAAGACUGGCAGGUCCCCAUAUGGAUCAUCGUGGGCAGUACACUGGGAGGCCUCCUGCUGCUGGCCCUACUGGUCCUGGCGCUGUGGAAGCUCGGUUUCUUUAAAAGUGCUAAGCGCAAGAGGGAGCCUGGCCUGGGCCCCAUCCCCAAAGAACUGGAGUGAGGAUGUGGAGGAGGCUUCAAGUUGAUGGGGGUCAGAGACCAGUCCAGGGGUGUGCAGGCCCAAGCCUGUGGUCCCCACUGAGCUGGAGCGGAGAGGACACCCACUGGCUUUGCAUUGAUCUCAUCUCUGGAGCGGUAGCCCCUGACCCCUAUGGGAUGGACCUCAAGCACGUGUUAGGAGGAGCCUCUCUACCAGAACACUGGGACACCUCCAGGAUAGCCCUACGGAUUUAAAGGGACCCCUCCAAGGCCCACCCUGAGGCCUCCCCCAGGCUCUGUGGAGACCAUCCACUGCCCCAGACACUAAGGUGCUAGGACUUUUGUUAUUAUGCCCACCUCUGAAGAAACCCAGGGAGGAACCUGGCAAAUACAAGCCCACUGUGCAUACUUCAUCUGGACCUCUGGUUCCAGGACCCUGCAGCCCAGCAGUCCCGAAUUCUACAGCAUACCCUCCCACCUCUCACCCCUGAGCUUGGCUCCCCAAGCCACAGCCACCCCUUCCCCACAGACAAUCCCCCAAGUUCUCCAUGAAUGAACCUGAGCUGUGAGGCUUGAAGGUGACAGCUUGCAGACCAGGCAUGAAGACAAAUGGACUGAGAGACUGUGCAGAUGGGCAGGUGGGACAUAGGAUGCUGGACACCACCCAGAUAUCAGAAGGCAGCUGAGCUCUCCACCAGGGUCCCACUAACCACCACCCACACACUCCCCUGCCUACUCUCCUGCUUCCCCAACUCAGCUGCAGUCCCUCCCAACUGCCUCCUAGGUACCUCAUGGGGUGUAGAAGAUGUAAGCCCUUGGGUUCCCCAUACCCACUUGUCUCCCUGCUGCAUCCCUGGCACAGAUGCAUUGGCCUGGCUGCAGUCUGGGAACAGGAUUAGAGGUGGGAAGCCUUCACUUCUUGCAUCAGCUCCCCUACACACACACACACACACACACACACACACAACUACACACAUACACACACACCCUCUCCCUCCCUUCUGCCCACCAGUGUGUGGGAGAAGAGCUCCAGGGGGUGCACUGUGGAGGUGCCCUCUCUGGUGUGCACUGAACAAAGCCUGUGCAAAGCCCCUCAGAACCUUACAGCCUCGGUGGCAGAUAGCUAUCUCAUCUGCCAGCCCUCGGGUCAAGUGCGAUGCCCAACAGUGGCACAAAAGGACAACGGGCAUGCUGGUGCCCAGCAGAGUAAUUUAUGCCUUAUCCUUUUUGUUGAGACAGAGAUGAAUGGAUACAUCAAAGGCAUCCGUUCCCCUGUGCAUGGUAUGACCUUUACUGUCAGAAAUAUUUUUAAGAAAUGUUUUUAAAGGGUUUAAAAACAACCAAUAACCGACAUACCAUUGUAUGAAGAAGCAAAGGCACACUCUGCUUUGAAGAGGGAAGCAGAGGAGGGCUCCUGCUUGUAUCUAAAUGUUGGGGACAGUCUUGUCCACUGUACGACCAUCUCCUCCCAGGGGCUACCUGGCCUCACUCACUGACAUCUCUAGUGGUGGAACACUGUUUCCCUUCCCCCACCACCAUCACCCACCCAAUCUCAGGUUAGGUGGAUGACUAGAGCCCAAUGUGUCAUUGUGGCCCCUGCCCCUGAGCUCUCCAGCUCUCCCCUCACAAGCUCCCAGACCCUCCAGGCUGGGACUUGAGAGUCGACCCUCACACACAUUGACUUGUGUUUCCUCACACAGGCUGCUCUUGAACCAAGCAAUCUCUAUUCUAUUCUUGUGCCAUUCA